AUGAUAAGAGUUUGGCUAAGAAUUUUCAAAUUUGCGGAAAAAGAAGUGCCACGUGGAUACUGGAUGUUCUGUCGUGGUAGUAAGAAUGAAACCAGAGGCUUUAGCUGUGGCUUAUGGGUUCUUCUACAUUCACUCUCUGUAAGGAUUGAGGAUGGAGAGAGUCAGUUUACAUUUACUGCAAUCUGUGAUUUUGUUCACAACUUCUUUGUCUGCGAGGAAUGCCGACAACAUUUUUACAAGAUGUGUUCAAGUGUUUCCAGUCCUUUCAACAAAGCCCGCGACUUUGCACUCUGGUUGUGGAGUUCCCAUAACAAGGUAAAUGAAAGGCUGAGGAAAGAAGAAGCUUCUAUAGGUACCGGUGAUCCCAAAUUCCCAAAGACAGUUUGGCCUCCAAAGCAGCUUUGCUCUUCCUGUUACCUUGACUAUGACCAAACAAGCAACAAAAUUGAAUGGAACCAGGAUGAAGCCUACAGGACUCUGAGAAAUUAUUACGGGAAAACACUCGUGUCUCUGUACAAAGAGAAUGGUAUUGCUGGAACUGAAGGAGCUGAAGGAGCCACCCUAGAAGAUUUAACAGUCGGGACGAAUGCAGUUGUGGUGCCGGUUGGAGCUGCUUUGGCAAUUGCUGUUGCUAGCUGUGCCUUUGGAGCACUCGCAUGCUACUGGCGUUCACAACAAAAGAGUCGGAAGUAUUUCCAUCACCUACACUCUUUAAAGAACAUAUGA